CUUCCGGGUUAGUACUUGGAUCGUCUGCGGCGCGUUUGGCCGCCAUUGUGCUCCCGAGGUAGAAGCGGCCAGUGCUGGGGAGAGCGAUAGAUCCGGAAACAGUUUGAAACACCAUGGCCGGGGUGUUUCCAUACAGACCAGGGGGUGCCCCCAUGCCCGGCCCACCUGGUCUUCCUCCGGACUACAUGUCUGAAGAAAAACUACAGGAGAAAGCACGAAAAUGGCAGCAGCUACAAGCCAAGCGUUAUGCCGAGAAGAGAAAGUUUGGCUUUGUAGAUGCACAGAAGGAAGAUAUGCCCCCAGAACAUGUUCGUAAAAUCAUCCGUGACCAUGGUGACAUGACAAACAGAAAGUUCCGGCAUGAUAAACGAGUUUACCUUGGAGCUUUGAAGUACAUGCCACAUGCAGUCUUAAAAUUGCUGGAGAACAUGCCCAUGCCCUGGGAGCAGAUCCGGGAUGUACCUGUUCUGUAUCAUAUAACUGGUGCCAUCUCAUUUGUCAGUGAAAUUCCAUGGGUCAUUGAACCAGUCUAUAUAUCGCAGUGGGGAUCGAUGUGGAUUAUGAUGAGACGAGAGAAGAGAGAUCGUAGACACUUUAAGAGAAUGAGAUUUCCUCCCUUUGAUGAUGAGGAACCUCCACUAGAUUAUGCUGAUAACAUCCUUGAUGUUGAGCCGCUGGAAGCAAUUCAGUUGGAGCUGGAUAACGAGGAAGAUGCUCCUGUCAUGGACUGGUUCUAUGACCAUCAACCUCUAAGAGACAACAGAAAGUAUGUGAACGGGUCUACAUACCAGCGAUGGCAGUUUACUCUUCCAAUGAUGUCCACAUUGUAUCGACUAGCCAAUCAGCUGCUCACAGAUCUGGUGGAUGAUAACUACUUUUACCUGUUUGAUUUGAAGGCCUUCUUCACCUCCAAGGCUUUGAACAUGGCAAUUCCUGGUGGACCAAAAUUUGAGCCGUUGGUUCGCGACAUUAACUUGCAGGAUGAAGACUGGAAUGAAUUCAAUGAUAUCAAUAAAAUUAUUAUCAGACAGCCAAUCAGAACAGAGUACAAGAUUGCAUUCCCUUAUCUGUACAACAACCUUCCUCACCAUGUGCACCUAACAUGGUAUCACACCCCAAAUGUAGUUUUCAUUAAAACAGAAGAUCCUGAUCUGCCAGCUUUCUAUUUUGAUCCAUUGAUCAAUCCCAUUUCUCACAGACACUCUGUAAAGAGUCAAGAGCCACUGCCAGAUGAUGAUGAAGAGUUUGAAUUGCCAGAAUAUGUGGAGCCCUUCCUUAAGGACACACCGCUGUACAGUGACAAUACAGCUAAUGGUAUUGCUUUGCUCUGGGCACCACGUCCCUUCAACCUAAGAUCUGGCAGGACACGAAGAGCUGUUGAUAUACCUCUGGUGAAGAACUGGUAUCGAGAACAUUGUCCCGCGGGCCAGCCUGUUAAAGUUCGAGUCUCCUACCAAAAGUUGCUGAAAUACUAUGUGCUCAAUGCACUUAAGCAUAGACCACCAAAGGCUCAAAAGAAGAGGUAUCUCUUCCGUUCAUUCAAAGCUACAAAAUUCUUCCAAUCGACCAAGCUGGACUGGGUAGAAGUUGGUCUGCAAGUUUGCCGGCAGGGAUACAACAUGCUGAAUUUGCUAAUUCACAGAAAGAACCUAAACUAUCUUCACUUGGAUUAUAAUUUCAACUUGAAACCAGUGAAAACGCUGACCACAAAGGAACGUAAGAAAUCUCGGUUUGGAAAUGCCUUCCAUCUUUGUCGAGAAGUUCUUCGUUUGACUAAACUGGUUGUGGACAGCCAUGUGCAGUACAGAUUGGGAAACGUUGAUGCAUUUCAGUUGUCAGAUGGCUUGCAGUACAUCUUUGCUCACGUGGGACAGCUUACUGGAAUGUAUAGAUAUAAAUACAAACUCAUGAGACAAAUCCGAAUGUGCAAAGACUUGAAACAUCUCAUAUACUACAGGUUCAACACAGGGCCAGUUGGUAAAGGACCUGGAUGUGGCUUUUGGGCGGCAGGAUGGAGAGUCUGGCUCUUCUUUAUGCGUGGAAUUACCCCUUUGCUAGAAAGAUGGCUUGGAAAUUUGCUGGCCAGACAGUUUGAAGGUCGUCAUUCCAAGGGUGUAGCAAAAACUGUGACAAAGCAGAGAGUGGAGUCUCACUUUGACCUUGAGCUCAGGGCAGCCGUUAUGCAUGACAUUUUGGAUAUGAUGCCAGAAGGCAUUAAGCAAAACAAGGCCCGUACCAUCCUGCAACAUUUGAGUGAAGCAUGGAGAUGCUGGAAGGCGAAUAUUCCUUGGAAGGUACCUGGUCUUCCAACUCCCAUUGAAAACAUGAUUCUCCGCUAUGUAAAGGCAAAAGCUGACUGGUGGACAAAUACUGCACAUUACAACAGAGAGCGUAUUCGACGUGGAGCCACUGUGGACAAAACUGUGUGUAAGAAGAAUUUGGGACGUCUAACCCGUCUAUAUCUGAAAGCAGAGCAGGAGAGACAGCACAACUACCUAAAGGAUGGACCUUACAUCACAGCAGAAGAGGCGGUUGCUGUGUAUACAACCACUGUGCACUGGCUGGAGAGCAGGAGAUUCUCCCCUAUCCCAUUUCCUCCUCUCUCUUACAAACACGAUACUAAACUACUUAUUCUAGCUUUGGAGAGACUGAAGGAAGCAUACAGUGUGAAGUCCCGUUUAAAUCAAUCACAGAGGGAAGAGUUGGGUUUAAUUGAACAAGCUUAUGACAAUCCUCACGAAGCCCUGUCCAGGAUCAAGCGUCACUUGCUCACUCAAAGAGCAUUCAAGGAGGUGGGAAUUGAGUUCAUGGAUCUCUACAGUCAUUUGGUCCCAGUUUACGACGUAGAACCUCUGGAAAAGAUCACUGAUGCCUAUUUAGAUCAAUACUUGUGGUAUGAAGCGGACAAGAGACGACUGUUUCCUCCAUGGAUCAAACCUGCAGAUACAGAGCCGCCUCCUUUGCUGGUGUAUAAGUGGUGUCAAGGUAUAAACAACCUGCAAGAUGUAUGGGACACCACUGAAGGGGAAUGCAAUGUGAUGCUUGAGUCCCGCUUUGAGAAGAUGUAUGAGAAGAUUGAUUUGACUCUGCUGAAUCGUCUCCUACGUCUCAUCGUUGAUCACAACAUUGCUGAUUACAUGACAGCCAAAAAUAACGUGGUGAUAAACUACAAGGAUAUGAAUCACACAAAUUCCUAUGGAAUCAUCCGUGGACUACAGUUUGCUUCCUUUAUUGUUCAAUACUAUGGGCUGGUUAUGGAUCUUUUGGUACUUGGAUUACACAGAGCCAGCGAAAUGGCUGGGCCACCACAAAUGCCAAAUGACUUUCUUAGUUUCCAGGAUGUGGCCACAGAGGCUGCUCACCCAAUCAGACUGUACUGCAGAUACAUUGAUCGUAUUCACAUCUUUUUCAGAUUUUCAGCUGAUGAAGCUCGGGAUCUUAUCCAGAGAUACCUUACAGAGCAUCCAGAUCCCAAUAAUGAGAACAUUGUGGGCUACAACAAUAAAAAGUGUUGGCCAAGAGAUGCCAGAAUGCGUCUCAUGAAACACGAUGUCAACCUUGGAAGAGCUGUAUUUUGGGACAUCAAAAACCGCUUGCCUCGUUCAGUCACAACUGUACAAUGGGAAAACAGCUUUGUGUCUGUGUACAGCAAAGAUAAUCCCAAUCUGCUUUUCAACAUGUGUGGCUUUGAAUGUCGCAUUCUUCCCAAAUGUCGCACUAGCUAUGAAGAAUUUACACACAAGGAUGGUGUCUGGAAUCUGCAAAAUGAGGUGACAAAAGAGCGCACUGCUCAGUGCUUCCUGAGAGUGGAUGACGAAUCCAUGCAGCGAUUCCACAACAGAGUCCGUCAGAUUCUUAUGGCCUCUGGUUCAACUACAUUUACCAAGAUUGUGAACAAGUGGAAUACUGCACUGAUUGGUCUGAUGACGUAUUUCCGUGAAGCUGUGGUAAACACACAAGAACUACUUGAUCUGUUGGUGAAAUGUGAAAAUAAGAUCCAAACAAGAAUAAAAAUUGGACUGAACUCCAAAAUGCCCAGCAGAUUUCCACCUGUUGUCUUCUACACCCCUAAGGAACUGGGAGGCUUGGGAAUGCUGUCCAUGGGACAUGUGCUUAUCCCACAGUCAGAUCUCAGGUGGUCAAAGCAGACCGAUGUUGGCAUUACCCAUUUCCGUUCUGGCAUGAGUCACGAGGAGGAUCAGCUGAUUCCUAACUUGUACCGUUACAUCCAGCCAUGGGAAAGUGAAUUCAUUGACUCUCAACGAGUCUGGGCUGAAUAUGCCCUAAAGAGGCAAGAGGCUAUUGCCCAAAACAGACGUCUAACUCUGGAAGAUUUGGAGGAUUCUUGGGAUAGAGGUAUUCCACGUAUUAACACUCUGUUCCAGAAGGACAGACAUACCUUGGCGUAUGACAAAGGCUGGAGAGUUCGUACAGAUUUCAAACAGUACCAGGUACUAAAACAGAAUCCAUUCUGGUGGACACAUCAGCGCCAUGACGGAAAGUUAUGGAAUCUGAAUAAUUACCGAACAGAUAUGAUCCAGGCUCUUGGUGGAGUUGAGGGAAUUUUGGAGCACACCCUUUUCAAAGGCACAUACUUUCCUACUUGGGAGGGUCUUUUCUGGGAAAAAGCUAGCGGCUUUGAAGAAUCUAUGAAGUGGAAAAAGCUGACUAAUGCUCAGAGGUCUGGUCUGAACCAGAUUCCUAACAGAAGAUUCACUCUCUGGUGGUCUCCCACAAUCAACAGAGCAAAUGUGUAUGUUGGAUUCCAGGUGCAAUUGGAUUUGACUGGUAUUUUCAUGCACGGCAAGAUUCCAACAUUAAAGAUCUCCUUGAUUCAGAUCUUCAGGGCCCACUUGUGGCAAAAAAUUCAUGAGAGCAUUGUCAUGGAUUUGUGUCAGGUAUUUGACCAGGAACUGGAUGCUCUUGAGAUUGAGACUGUUCAGAAGGAGACCAUCCACCCCAGGAAAUCCUAUAAGAUGAAUUCAUCUUGUGCAGAUAUCCUGCUCUUUGCAUCCUAUAAAUGGAAUGUGUCCAGACCUUCCCUGCUUGCCGAUUCGAAGGAUGUCAUGGACAGCACCACCACCCAGAAGUACUGGAUUGAUAUUCAGUUAAGAUGGGGAGACUACGAUUCUCAUGAUAUUGAGCGAUAUGCCAGAGCCAAGUUCCUGGACUAUACUACUGAUAACAUGAGUAUCUACCCAUCACCUACUGGUGUUCUCAUUGCUAUUGACCUGGCUUACAAUCUGCACAGUGCCUAUGGAAACUGGUUCCCUGGUGGUAAGCCUCUAAUACAGCAAGCUAUGGCAAAGAUCAUGAAAGCAAACCCUGCUCUGUAUGUACUGCGUGAGCGUAUCCGUAAGGGAUUACAACUAUACUCCUCAGAGCCCACUGAGCCUUACCUGUCCUCCCAGAACUACGGAGAGCUCUUCUCCAACCAGAUCAUCUGGUUUGUGGAUGACACAAAUGUGUACAGAGUGACCAUCCACAAGACUUUUGAAGGGAACUUGACAACAAAGCCAAUCAAUGGAGCCAUUUUCAUCUUUAACCCCAGGACUGGACAGCUCUUCCUGAAAAUCAUUCACACAUCUGUGUGGGCAGGACAAAAGCGUUUGGGUCAGCUGGCAAAAUGGAAAACUGCAGAAGAAGUGGCUGCUUUGAUUCGAUCACUGCCUGUGGAGGAACAGCCAAAGCAAAUUAUUGUUACAAGAAAAGGAAUGUUGGAUCCUCUUGAGGUCCAUUUGCUGGAUUUCCCUAACAUUGUAAUCAAAGGAUCUGAGCUGCAGCUGCCUUUCCAGGCAUGUCUGAAGGUGGAGAAGUUUGGAGAUCUGAUUCUGAAGGCUACAGAGCCUCAGAUGGUUCUCUUCAAUCUCUAUGAUGACUGGCUGAAGACCAUUUCUUCAUACACGGCAUUCUCUCGUUUGAUUUUAAUUUUGAGAGCCUUGCAUGUCAAUAAUGACCGGGCAAAGGUCAUUCUAAAACCAGACAAAACUACAAUCACAGAACCCCAUCACAUCUGGCCCACACUAACCGACGAAGAAUGGAUUAAGGUUGAAGUGCAACUGAAGGAUCUGAUUUUGGCUGAUUAUGGCAAGAAAAAUAAUGUGAACGUGGCUUCCCUAACACAGUCUGAGAUCAGAGAUAUUAUAUUGGGUAUGGAAAUUUCAGCCCCAUCCCAGCAGAGACAGCAGAUUGCAGAGAUUGAAAAGCAGACUAAGGAACAGUCUCAGCUCACUGCUACACAGACUCGUACUGUCAACAAACACGGAGAUGAGAUAAUCACAUCCACAACCAGCAACUACGAAACACAGACCUUCUCAUCCAAGACAGAAUGGCGUGUCAGGGCGAUAUCUGCAGCUAACCUUCACCUGAGAACCAAUCACAUUUAUGUGUCUUCUGAUGAUAUUAAAGAGACAGGGUACACCUAUAUAUUGCCCAAGAAUGUCCUGAAGAAGUUCAUUUGCAUUUCUGAUCUUCGCGCUCAGAUUGCGGGGUAUCUGUAUGGUGUGAGCCCACCUGAUAACCCUCAAGUAAAGGAAAUCCGGUGUAUUGUUAUGGUGCCACAAUGGGGUACACAUCAAACUGUACAUCUGCCCAACCAAUUGCCACAGCAUGAGUAUCUAAAGGAAAUGGAGCCUUUGGGAUGGGUUCACACUCAGCCAAAUGAGUCUCCACAGCUAUCACCUCAAGACGUCACCACUCAUGCCAAGAUCAUGGCAGAUAAUCCAGCAUGGGAUGGAGAAAAAACUAUAAUUAUCACGUGCAGUUUUACACCAGGCUCCUGCACACUGACUGCCUAUAAACUGACACCCAGCGGGUAUGAGUGGGGUAGACAGAAUACAGACAAAGGGAACAAUCCCAAAGGUUACCUGCCUUCUCAUUAUGAAAGAGUUCAGAUGCUGCUUUCUGAUCGCUUCCUUGGAUUCUUCAUGGUGCCAGGACAGUCAUCUUGGAACUACAACUUCAUGGGUGUAAGGCAUGAUCCAAACAUGAAAUAUGAGUUGCAGCUUGCCAACCCUAAGGAGUUUUACCAUGAAGUUCACCGCCCAUCGCACUUUCUGAAUUUUGCCCUGUUGCAGGAGGGUGAGGUGUAUUCGGCUGACCGUGAAGAUCUAUACCAGUAAAUCCUGUACAUAAACACUUCUGUGGAUGACUGUUGAUAUUCAACAUAAAAAGGCUUUUAAGCAUUUGUUUAGAAUCCUUCUGCUAUAAUAGUGUCUUUUUGCAGCAAUUUGUUUUUCUGUGUCCUUGUUCACUUUUUCUUUUAUCUAAUUUUGCUGCAGCCAUGUAGAAAUUCAAUACAGUUUCUCAAUAUCUGAAGAAGAUAUUGUGUGUGUUAACGAUGUCGAUCCAAUAAAUGUUUUU